AUGGCCAAUCAUUUCUUCCUUAAUGGAGAGAUCCUAUAUAGGAGAACUUCGGAUUUAGGAUUGCUGAGGUGUGUCGACGCCGUAGAAGCGACAAGGCUUUUGGAAGAAAUACACGCAGGAACAUGUGGACCUCACAUGAAUGGGUUCACUUUGGCAAUGAAGAUUUUAAGUGCCAGAUAUUUUUUGAUGACCAAGGGGAGAGAUAGCAUCCGGUAUGUGCAAAAGUGUCAUCAGUGUCAAGUGCAUGGAGAUUUUAUUCGGGUUCCACCGAAUGAGCUCAAUGUGAUGGGUUCCCCUUGGUCGUUUGCCGCUUGGGGCAUGGAUGUUGUUGGACCCAUAGAGCCUCCCGCAUCAAAUGGACAUUGUUUCAUCCUGGUGGCUAUCGACUAUUUCACAAAAUGGGUGAAAGCUUCGACAUACAAGGCAGUAACAAAGAAGAUGGUAGCACACUUUGUUCGCAACAAUAUAGUUUGUCGAUUUGGAAUUCCAGAAUCAAUCAUAACAGAUAAUGCAACCAACCUCAAUAGCGACGUUAUGGAAGAAACUUGUGAAAGGUUCAAGAUUGCUCAUUGA